AACGAGCUACAAAAUCCAAAACGAGCCCUCGUGAUCUCGAGGCGGAUGGAGGCGUAAACACGGGCGAAGGGGGAAGCGAUCGAUCCCUUUCAUUUAUUGUUUCCCUUAGAUGGUUCGGCGCAACAACGUCGGGUCGCUGUAAAUAAGUCCAUCGAUAGACAACAAGGUGCCGCGUUCGCAACAGCAGCCCGGGUGGGGGGGGUAGGCCCCGAUGAACAGCGCCGACAAUGCACGACGCGUACGAGGCGGUGCCCAUCCUGGAGAAGCUGCCGCUGCAGAUCGAGAGCGUCGCCUGCUGGGAGGAAAUGCUUUUAGUGGGAACCAAACCAGGUCACCUGCUUCUCUACAAGAUUAAGGGAGAUGCAGGAAGUUCCCGAUUUGAAGUCACGCUGGAAAAGUCGAGUAAGAACUUUGCCAAGAAAAUCCAGCAGCUCUGGGUGGUCGCGCAGUUGAAAAUUCUCAUCAGCCUCUCUGAUAAUGUGGUUUGCGUGCAUGACCUCACAACAUUUCAAACCAUCACAACAGUCAACAAAACUAAAGGGGCGACACUGUUCAGCUGUGAUGUUCAGUCACCAACGAGGGAGCUGCGCCUGUGUGUGGGCGUCCGUAAAAAGCUUCAACUUUUCACGUGGAAAAAUCGCGACUUCAUAGAACUGCAGCCCGAUCUCAGCCUGCCAGACUUCCCCAAGUCCAUGGCCUGGUGCGUGGACUCCAUCUGCGUGGGAUUCAAGAGGGACUAUUACAUUGUCAAGGUGGACGGGCGAGGCUCGUACAAGGAGCUCUUCCCAACGGGGAAACAGCUGGAGCCACUGGUGGUUCCUCUGGCCGACCGCAAGCUGGCGGUGGGGCGCGACGACAUGACCAUCUUCAUCGAUGAGGAGGGCACGACUCAGAAGCACGCGCUGCGCUGGACCGACGUCCCCAUCGCUAUGGAGCACCAGCCGCCCUACAUCAUCGCAGUGCUGCCGCGCUACCUGGAGUUGCGGACAUUCGAGCCAAUGCUGCUCGUGCAGAGCAUUGAGCUGCAGAAGCCUCGAUUCAUCGCCGCUGGAGGGCCCAACAUUGUGUACGUGGCAAGCAGCCACUUCGUCUGGCGCCUGGCGCCUGUGCCCAUCGCAACGCAGAUCGAGCAGCUGCUGAAGGAGAAGCAGUUUGACCUGGCACUACAGUUGGCGCAAAUGACCAAUGACUCUGACUCAGAGAAGCAGCAAAGAAUCCACCACAUUCAGAACCUGCACGCCUUCCACCUCUUCUGCCAGCACCAGUUUGACGACUCCAUGGCCAAGUUCUCUACCCUGGGAACAGAUCCUUCACACGUGAUAGGGCUGUACCCAGAUCUACUUCCGGCUGACUACAAGAAGCAGCUGCAAUACCCCUCGGAACCUCCACAGCUGUCAGGGGUGGAACUGGAGAAGGGCGUUAUGGCUCUCAUCGACUACCUCACACAGAAACGAAACCACCUGGUGAAACACAUGAACGAUGCAGAUGGAGGAGUUGUUGCCCCCAUCGUGAACGGCGUCCAGACUAUAAAGUCCAGGAAGAAGCUGCUGCAGAUCAUCGACACGACUCUGCUCAAGUGCUACCUGCAGACCAACGUGGCGCUCGUCGCCCCCCUGCUGAGGCUGGAGAACAAUAACUGCCACGUGGAGGAGAGUGAAAGAGUGCUGAAGAAGGCACAGAAGUACAGCGAGCUCAUCAUCCUAUACGAGCGCAAGGGCAUGCACGAGAAAGCACUCAAUGUGCUUCUUCAGCAGUCCCAGAAGGCCAACUCUCCUCUCAAGGGGCAUGAACGCACAGUGCAGUACCUGCAGAGGUUAGGAAAAGAAAACAUGAAGCUUAUAUUUGAGUUCUCGGUCUGGGUCAUGAAAGUGAACCCUGAGGAUGGAUUAAAGAUUUUCACGGAGGACCUGCCAGAGGUUGAAGGGCAGCCAAGAAAUGAAGUUUUGCAGUUUCUGGAGUCAAAUGAAAAGGACCUCGCCAUACCGUAUCUCGAGUACAUUAUCUACGACUACAUGGAGAAAGGGCCUCUCUUCCACAAUCGUCUGAUUGAGUUGUACCGUGAGAAGAUCCAGGAGAUGAUGAAGGAUUACCUGCAGAGCCUGCCAGCAGGAUUGCGCCAGGCAGUGGUGCCCGGCUCAGAGCCCGGAAAGCUGGGCGAGUACCGCAACAAGCUGCUGAGCUUCCUGGAGAUCUCGAUUUCAUACCAACCGGGGCAGCUCAUCACCGACUUCCCCCUUGAUGGUCUUUUAGAGGAGAGGGCCCUGCUUCUGGGUCGCAUGGGCAAUCACGAGCAGGCUCUGCAGAUCUACGUGCACGUGCUGCGCAACUAUCCCGCCGCGGAAGAGCACUGCAGAAAGUACUAUGACCGAACCAAAGAAGGCAACAAAGAUGUGUACCUUAUGCUGCUACGCCUUUACCUGUGCCCGCCGGACAUCCGUGAGUUGGGACCCCUGACCCUCGGGCUUCCUAAGCCCAAGCCCAACCUGCCAGCCGCCCUGCUUCUCCUCGAGCAGCACUACAGCCGCGUGGACACCACACAGGCACUGAACCUGUUGCCAGCCAACGUGCAGAUCUGCCAGGUGCAGGAGUUCCUGCUGCGGGUUCUGGAGGAGAAGGCGGAGAGCCGCCGCUCGUACCAGAUCCUCAAGAGCCUCCAGCUGUCGGAGCACCUGCGGGUUCAGGAGCAAAGGAUCUUCUACGAGAGCGUUAAGUGCGUCAUCACCGAGGAGAAGUUAUGCCGCGUUUGCAAAAAAAAGAUCGGGAGCAGUGCUUUCGCCCGGUACCCGUCUGGCGUGCUGGUGCAUUACUUCUGCUGCAAGAACCCCAUGGAAUGCCCAUUCGACUCAUGAGAUUUGCCCUGCCCAGCGGUCAAAACUCCGUCGCAGUCACUGCGGUCGCUCUCUGUGGUCGCUCUCUGUGGUGAGCUCAGAGGUUGGUCACUUUAGCGGGAGGGUAUGACGACAUCAGGUAUCCUAACACUUCCCGUUUCAGUCUCCCACGUCAGGGAGCAACAUGUGGUUAUUAUUAUUGUUGUUUGAGAAGUGUAUUGAUUGCACAAACCCCUCAAUCCCCGAAGGCCACUUGGCCUUACUAAUGCAAAGAAGGCUCUGUUAGCGUCAAUGCGUUGGUAGCGAAGGAGGGGUAAGCUCUGGGCCUCUCGUUAAUUAUUGCCAAACGUUUAUUCUUAUUUUUUGGUUGAACGGUCUUUUGCCGUUUGAUUAAUGUAUCAACAAGAGAUGAAUGUGUAGCACUUUCUGUGCAGCACCCCGACACAAAUAAAUGCUUUUACCCACACGGCGCAUAAAGGUUUUAAACCGUGGCCUACUAACCAUGGAAAAGUUUAUAAUUUGAUAAAAAAAAUGUGAAAAUUAUCCUGUAAAACUAUUGCAGUUUACAGUCUGUUACCCUUAAAAAUGCCCUCAAUCGUGUGCUCUGGAAUUAAAAUACGUGUAAAAAUGUGUACAUUUGAAUGUGGAAAGCAGAGGAAUUUGCUUGUAAAAUUGUUAACAAACAAAGAACCCUUUAAAGCUGAUGUAAUAGUCUUUAACAACUGCUAACACUGUCAUGUUCUUUGUAAAGGGAAGUGCUAUUAUAUCUGCAUACAGCUCAUUUGCAGGAAUGUUGUGCAAGUAAAUUGGACUAAUUCAUUACAAAUCAAAGGCCAAGGUAGAAAUCUUAAGGACAGAAAAUUAAGUUGAAAAAAAACAAAAUUAGUUACUCUUUGGUUAGUUGCUAUUUUUCCCAUUGCCAAAACUAUAUCAAUCCAUGUCAAUUGAAGGAACAAAAAUACUGAUUCAACAUUGAAAUGCCAUCUGACUCCUGUACUGAAGGUAGCCAUUUUUUGGUCUUUAGUUUCUUUAAAAACAAAUGUGAUGUUUUUAAUUUCUUGAACAUGACUUUGACAUUGCAUCUACACACACUCUAACCGAGAAGAAACUAUUUACGAAUCCGUAUAAAACGUGACUCUCAUUAAAGCUUACAAUUUGUGUUGAUCCGUCUCGGACAUGAGCCUAACUAGGCGUGAAUCUACAAAGAGCUUGUGUUUUUGUGGGUUUUAUCUUGAUGUAAGCACCCUGCCUCCCUUGAAAGGGAAAAAAUAAAUAAAUCAAAUGUAAAGAUUUAUGAUAAUAUUCAAGUGUAAGUACACCUGUUAUAUUUUAAGGGUUGACAAUUAAAAUGCCUCAAAGUUAUUAAUAUAUCUCAGUUGCCAUUUCUAAAAAAAAAUCAGUUUACCUUUUAAGACUAUAAUAAGCAUCAUGUACAUAGAUUACAAAUAUAUUAAUGGUACUAAGAUAUUUCUUCAUUUAUCUUGUUUUUUUUUUGUCCCGUGAGGGAGUUUGCUUCCUGUUUACAUGUUUUAACCUUUGUGUUGAAAAAUUUGUGUUUUAGCCCUUGUACAAUAGUAACCAUGGCUUGAGUCAUGCUGCUGACAACACUUAGGUUGGCGCGUGGGUCACUACUACACGCAUACGCUGUGUUGAAAUGAAUAAAAAAAACAUGAAUCUUUGGCGAGCACUGCA